ACCUUUGCCACCGCUGAACUCUAGCGUAUCCGCAAGGACGGUUUCUACGGCGGCGUGGAUCAUCGAGCCGCCGCCUCACAAGACCCUCGCCCUCCUGCGGCGUCCGUCCUCUGGCUGCCCUUCCAUCUGUGCGCCUCCUGCCGCAGCAGUCCACAGCUUCCCUACACCUCCUCCUACCGUCAUCUCCUCCUGACGCGGAUCGUGGAGCCGCCGCCUCACCAGCCCUUCUUGCGACGGCCGUCCUCGCCGCCCCUCCGACCGUGGGCAGUCCAUACUGCUUCCCUGCACCAGCCCAGAGGAGCCCUUCUCUACUCGUACUGCAGUGGCCUCCCCAUCGUUGUCCACCUGUGCCCUGUAGUUGAGAAGGCUGUAGUGUGUUAUCAAAGGGAGUGCAUCCUCUGAUCCUAAAAAGGCAGUGGCAAAACAGUACAGAAACGGCAAGGCCGUGGAAGAAACAAAUGUAAGAAGGUUGCAAAACUCAAGGCAGGCGAGAAAAUUAAAGUAGUGUUCUACAACAAUCGGGCUUUAUCUAAAACAUUCCCAAGGCAGUUGGGUAGAAUAGUCCGUGAUUCUAACAUUACUCCAAUUAGAGUGAAGAAAUGGACUGAUAUAAGUCCAGCAGCUCAAAAACAUAUUUUUGAUGCAAUUAAGGACAAGUUUGAAAAUGCAAAUCCGGAUAUUGAAAUUGAUGUAUACAAAGCUGAGAUCAUGGAGCACGCUAGAGAUCUAUGGAAUAAUUGGCGUGGAGACUUGAAUCGGCAAUUUGUUAAGCCAGCAAGGAAUAUGCAGCAAGCUAUUAAGAAUUGCCCUAAAGGGAUUAAACAACCUGAUUGGGAGUGGCUUGUCAAGGAACAUUUCUACAGCAAGGAUUUCAUAGAUAGGAGCAAGAGAAACUCCAAAAAUAGAUCCAACUUGAAAAUUCUUCAUCACAGUGGUAGCAAACCAUACAGACAGAUCAUAUGGGACAAUGGUGGCAAGGAAAACAAUCCUCCAACUUUGGAUAAAUUAUUUUCUCUCACUCAUAUGAAGGAUGGCACCUUUGUGGAUUCUGAAACCUCUACCAAGCACGCAGAGAUUGAGGUGGAAAGGCUAUUGAACCCUACCCUUUCUAACGUGGAACUUAUGGACAAGUGCUUUGAAUCUAAUAGGCGUGACCAUGUUGUUGGUUAUGGUGGUGGAAUAAGAGCAAGAGACAUACGGAGUCCGACUGUUACCAAAGCUGAACUAAUAGAAAAACUUACACAGUCUGAACAGGAAAAGAAAGAACUUCAAGAAGAUAAUCAAACACUUCACGAGGAAAAUCGGAUGAUUACUAGUCGUGUUAGCCGAAUGGAAGAAGAAUGAGCAGAAUUAAAGAGCAAUAUGAGUGCUAGUUUAACUCGUGGAUAAAGAGUGAUUAUUUGGAGCAAGAUGAAGAGCAUCGUUUCUAGCAUGAUCUCACAGUUGUUCAUCAGAAGGCAUUUGAUGGGUGGAUCCCUUCAAGCAUAGCUUAGUACUACCUUAUGUUAGCCACUAUUAGUUUCAUGAUUUCAAUUGUGUUUUUUCCUUGGUCACAUGAACUAUCCAGGACCAUUGUGAAGUUGAAUUUGUGAAAUGUUGAAAAUUAAUUCAUUUAU